CCCGUGAUAAAUUAUCCAAUCUAAACCUAACAUAUAAUAGCAUGAGUAUGAAUAUCGAGAUAAACGCUCUGAACUGAACCUAUGUCAUUCUUAUUUGAAGCCUCAUAUUUUCUUUGUCUCCUCCGCAAAUGAUAUGAAUGAGGUUUGAGGGUAGGGUGAUCUUUCCAUUGGAGGUUGGGAAACAUGUGAGGGAAAAUUAAUCCCACACAAAUCACAAACACAGGAGAAAAAGGCCACAACCUCCAUGUGACAGUAGGGAAAUGCAUUUUCCACUAAUUAAUUGAGGCUUUCCUUGGUGAGCAAAGAAAGUGACAGCCAGUUCAAUUAGCAAAACCCUAAUGAAACAGUAGCAUACUUAUGAGUUUAAUUAUAUUCAUGGAUUAGGUUUUGUAUUUAGUUAACACAUUCCUAAUACAUAUAUGUAGUUUCAGUUAUUUCUUUGGGUUAGGUUUUGUAUUUAGUUAGGCGAGGGUAACAAUUCCUACCAUACGAUCAUAGGAAUUGAAUUAAUGUAAAAUGCUGUCAUGAGUGACGGGAAAUGUUGACUUCUAUAAAUGAACAUUCAAAUCCAGUAAUCAGGCAAAAACAGAAGAUCAUGAGCAUCAACAAGCAAACUGGUGGUAACUUGAUUACAUAUGCUUAUUGAAAUAGAGAAUAUCUGUCUUAGAAAUUUUUGAAAAAAGUGUUUAUUUAUAAUAUGUCAUUAACUAUGCAAGUCCUUAGAAUCCUCCAAUUAAACUCACAAAUCGAGAUCAAAUUAGAACAUGGAAAUAUAAAAGAAUAAAAAUUAAAAUAACACAAUUAAACCAUUCAAAUUGUACCAUAGGUGAUAAUAUCCUUAAUCCUUAUGUGAUUUCAAUUUUAAGAUAUAAAAACUAAUCUCAUUUUUAUUAUAUUCUAUAAAUAAUAUAUUAUGUUUUCAAUAAAACGUUUCACGUCAAUCAAAUGACGGAUCAAUAUUAAUGAGAUCGUCACUGAACAUGCAACAAAUGUCAUUUGCUUUUGUACAUAUAAACCAUUCACCUAACUUAUUUUAAUUAACAACUAUGUAUCAAAGGAAGUACGUGGAAAUCCUAUAAAAAAUACUUAAAAGUCCUCCACAAAGACAAAUGAUAUUUUUCAAAGAAAAAAUAAAAAAUUCAAAAAAUAAUGUGACAAUCGAAAUCAAACAAUAAUCAAAGUAUUGGUUUAUUCUAACUCAAUUAAAUAUCCACCCCUACCCGCGGCAAUGCGCGGGCCAAUUAUCUAUAUAGUAUAGAUAUAUAGAAGAAGCUUAAUUAGUAAUUAGUGGUUAAACAAGUGUCUCUCCUAUAAAUAUUGCCAUAAAGUGGAGGUGUAAAAUCAAACCCACCUACCUUGUACGAAAUAAAAUCCAGCAAUAUCAGCAGCCCAUCAAAUUCAAAGACGACAACAAAUCUCUAACCUUCAGACGCCCUAUUCUUCUGCAACGAUUAAGUCAAUAAACUCCGAUCAAACUCCUAUAUUCAUUCCCUGAGUUGUAGCUAGUGAUCAACUACAUAUAUUGCAAUUCAUUUGCAAUUUCUUAAUCACUUAUCCUAUUCAGCACAAAGACUACGUACUAAAUCCUAAACUCCAAAUCCUAAAUUGCAAUAUGAGGACCGCUAAUUUGCCGCGGAUUCUUAUGUUCCUGAUGGCACUCUCUGUCGUCCAUGGCGAUGUAGGGAGCGACCAGAAGUACUGGAAGAUCCUGCCUCACCCACCGCCCUACUGCUUGAUAGGCGUAUUGGCGCCCGGCGACCACGGCGGGGAAGCGUGCUUCUUAGACGAGUGCCCCUUCGCAUGCCAAAGGAAAUUCGGAAUGUUACGAUAGUAUAGUUAUCGUUUCGUUGGACAUUGUUCUGAUGAUUGGAGCACCUGUAAGUGCUUCUUGCCGUGCAAGGUGGCAUCGGCGCCGAUACCGUCGAUGAUCCAUGAUAAAAAUUAAGGGGGUAUAAUAUUGAAGUUCGAUAUGAUAAUAUGGUAGCUUCUUUUAGUCAUUUUUGUUUUGUUUUGUUUUGUUUUGUUUAAAAGAUAGAUCAGGCUAUUUUUAUUUGGUAAUUAGACUCUUGAUGAUCACAAUUAGCCAUGAUCGGUCAGCAUAAAUGAUGUAGUUUCUUAUUUCAUAUAUUAAUCGAUACGAAGGAAGUUAUUCAUACAUCCCGCGAGUUGCCAAAGUGGGGUUUUCUUUCUUGGUUUUUAUCGGUGUUUCUUCGUCCGCUUAUGAAUUCGUCGCGUCGAACACGCAAGAUCUAAAUAGUAUUUGAGUAUUUCUAACUGCGUGGUUUGGAGGGGCCAGGUCAUUAUCAAAAUCCACGAUCUUGAAUUUGUAAUUAAUGUAACUUGGGGGAGAGAAGUGAAACUCUCAAGACACAAUUAAUAGCUUUUUUGCUUUAUGUAAUUAGAAAAUAAUAAAUAAAUAUUUUUUUCAUACCCAAAAUGCUCAUGAUUAGCAAAAAUGCUAACCCCCAAGGGGUUAGCAACAUAUCUCAACCCCCAAAAGUGGUGUAAGAUCUACAAAUAUAUGAUAGCCGAGUUGAUGGCAGUUUUUCAGCAUUUCAAAUUUCCUGCAACGAAAGUGAAAGUAGGAAGGGUAAUUGUGUCAUCACAAUCAUUUUUUAUUUUAUAUUCAUAAAAAAAUGCAUCAAUCUCGGGUUUUGAACCAUGGUCUUUCCAAACUAAGACAACAGCCAUUACCAAUUACGCUAAAGAAAUCUUUUGUAACUUUCUAAGUAAAAAAUCUAAAAAACAUAUGACUUUUCCACUACUGUUAGCUAGCCCACUAACUUUCCCGUAAGUACUUUCUUUGUUAUUUGAUAUUUGAAUUUUCAUAUUUUGAUUAUUUUAAUUUGAGUUUAAUAAUAAAUUUAAUUUAUGUCUAUCGUAUAAAUGGAGGAUAAAUUUAAAAGUGCAACCCAAAUAUCAUUGAUUUGAAUAUUACAUAUUGAAUUGCAAUAUUGAAUGUGUAGAUGUUAUGUAUAAUUCUUAACUUGGUAUUAAUUUUUAGAACUAUUAAAGCAAUGAUAUUGUUAUGCAAACUGUAAGUGACCAGCUUUUAUAAAGUUUUAGUUUGGUUUACUGUCAAAUCCUCACUCUCUUGAUAAUAUGGCAUGAUUGGACAAACGGGUGAGCUUAAAAGAACACAAUUUCUUAAUACCAAUUUUUCUAGAUGAUUUCAAUUAUUUAAAUAUUUUAUCUUAUAUGAUAAUUGACCAUAUGUAUCAUUUAUAGUUAAUUAGUUUAAUAUAAAUUAACCGGAAUACAAGACAAAUCAUGAAAUUCGAGUUAGAGUUUUCAUGGAUGCAUUGAUGUGGUCAUGUGUAUUAGCAAGGUCGGUACCAUAAGAUAGGUUUAAUUUUUUUGUUGAGUGAAUAAGAUUGUACUUCAACUAAAUUUAGAGUAUGUUGGUUGAUAAAUAUUUUUUUCAUUGCAUAGUGUUUGAGCCUAACUGGGUGUAGGAGGGAGACUCGGGAAAAUGGGUCAAGGAGAGUAAGCAAUAAGGGAUUAAUCGUCGAUGGAAGAACAGGGGAGAUUACAAGAAGGAUUGAGAGAGAAAUAUUUUAGAGAGAGAAGUCGAUAAUUUUAGAGAUAGAGUCUUAAAAAUCCGAUCCCCUCACCCACCGGAGUAAAUGCCAUAUUUAUAGGCUACAUGGUGGUGGGUGAGUGGUUGGGUUACAAGUGGACACAAUGAUAUGACCACUGACAUUUCAUUUCAGUCACUAAAUUUCUAUCUUAUAUGUAAAUAGAUUUAGAAAAGGUGU